UUCAUUUCUUUUAAGAGAUAAUAACGCUUGAUUUAAUAACACAGUGAGACCUAAAUUAAUUUCUACACAUUAGUGUGGGAUGGACAAACGAGCUGCAUGUUCAAAUCUUCCGCUUCUUUGCUUGCACCUCUAUAGGAACUGUUGAUGUCCACGAAAUCUAGCAAGGAAACGAGAUUUUCGGUGAGAGAUUGCAUCUGCUUGUUGUAAGAAAUGUCUUUCCGGCAAGCAGUUCGUAAAUUGUGUAAGGGACUUGCUAAUUCUGCAUCACUACAGACUAAAGCCUACAAUUUUCUUCCAAAUGCAGGAAAGCUGAUUGGUUCUAGUGAAUAUGAACUUGGAGGUCAUACACGGACUAAAUGCCGCUUGGAAUUACUUCAAUGGCUUUUCCUGUCCGGACAAGCUGCAUUUAUUGUUGGGGCAUGUUCAUCACCUUCCAUGGCAGAAGAUGUAUCAACAAGUUCUAAAAAUGAUACGAGCAAGGAUGACUUUAGUGGCUUGCGUAAAGUAGAGGAUGGAUCAGUGAUAUCGAAUGAGCAUACAUCUAAAUGGAGAGUUUUCACUGAUAAUGGACGGGAUCACUUUUCGAAGGGAAAUAUUGAUCAAGCUGAGAGAUUCUUUUUAUCUGCAUUACAUGAAGCUAAAGAAGGUUUUGGGGAAAGGGAUCCUCAUGUUGCCUCUGCAUGCAACAACCUGGCCGAGCUUUACAGAGUCACAAAAGACUUUGACAAGGCGGAACCCUUGUAUGUGGAGGCCAUUAACAUACUAGAGGAUUAUUUUGGAGUAAAUGACGUAAGAGUUGGUGCUGCCCUUCAUAAUCUUGGUCAUGUCUACCUUGUACAGCGAAAAUUGGAGAAAGCUCGUGUAUGCUAUGAGCGUGCAUUGAAGAUAAAGCGGCGUGUUUUGGGUGAAGCUCACACAGAAUAUGCUGAUACUAUGUACCAUCUGGGGACUGUCUUAUAUUUGCAAGGGAAAGAGAAGGAUGCUGAGGACCUAAUUGUGGACUCUAUAGAUAUCAUGGAGGCAGGUGGCCAUGGACAAUCUAUAUCAUGUGUCAGAAGAAUGCAGUAUCUGGCUCAGAUAUACAACAAGUCCAACAGAUUUGCUGAAGCUGAGAAUAUAUUGAGAAAGAUUCUUCAUAUGAUGGAAUUAUCAAAGGGUUGGAAAUCUUUGGAUACUGUUGUUGUAGCUGAACGACUUGCAUUAACCCUUGAAGCAGCAGGGAGAUUAAAGGAAGCCGAAGAAUUGUUAGAGAGAUGUCUUGAUGCCAGGAAAAACUUGCUUCCUCAUGAACAUAUUCAGAGUGCCGCUGACAUGCUCCACAUUGCGAGAUUGAAGAUUCUCAUCACCAAGGAGCUACUGGAGGCCGACAGUUCGCAAGCUCUAGCUGAGCUUGAUAAAGCCAAAAGUCUAUUGAACGAUUCAGUAAGGAUAGCUCGAAAACUCCUUAUUCGAUUUCAGGAACAGAAAAAAAAUAGAGAACCCUUUGGAGUAUCCAGAAAAACUGGAAAAGAUGGGCAUUCAGCGGCUGUGAUACUACUACAAUCGCUCAAUGCUCUUGGGGCUUUGGAGAUCACGAAGCAGGGCUUUCUCGGUUCGCAGGAGCAUAUUAAAGCAGAGGAUAAUGUUGUUCUCCGUCAAUGCAUUUCCACGUAUCAGGAGUUGACAUCUGAACAAUCCAUCUCUGAUUCUCCAGAAGUCAAAGCAGAGUAUCUGUCGUGUUUACAAAGCCUCUAUCUCUCGAUAAGCAAUGGCACUGCAAGUAAAUUAGGUGAAGAAAAAGAAAUAAAAGAUGAAAUUCGACGUGUUGAAGGUGAAGUAUCUAAAGCUGGAAAAACCUGAAUUUUCACCAUAAUACAUUUCUAUAACUUAAUUUAGGUGAAACACACCAUUAGGGCGAUUUUGAUUUAGUCAAGCAAUAUAUUUUGUUAUAAACCCCAAUGGAUUUAGGAAACAGCUUAAGCCACAUUUCCAUUUUUUUUUUUCUGGUUUUAUUCAAUAAUUUAAUGGCGUUGGUGCAAAAUUAUGUAUACGUAUCCAGAUUCUUAUUAAAUCGAUCUUGUUACUCUAA